CAAAUAUAAUAAAUAAAGGCGACGAACCAGACGUGUGAAACCACUUUUAUCAAUAACUACAACAUUAAUACAAAAAAAAUUCUAAAAAAUGGGGAAAAAAAACAAAUAUAAGGACGAAGGGAAGCCCCAGCAGCCUCAGCAGCAGCAGCAACAGCAGCAGCAACAACAACAACAGCAACAACCACAAGCUGGCUCCGGAGCACCUGUUGCGAGACAAACUCAACAGCAGCCCGGUCAACAGCAGCAGCAGCGACCUCCAGGAGGUCAAGGAUGGGGAGGACAAGGGGGACAGCAGAGACCCUCAGGUAGUCAGGGUUGGGGAGGACAAGGGCAGAGAGCCCCGCUCCAGCAGGUUCGAGCUCCACCCCCGCAGUCGGCUCAUGGAGAAGGAAAUCAGCAGCGACAGGCCGAUCAGGGCCAAGGAGGUCAGCAGCGACAGGGCCAAGGAGGUCAGCAGCGACCGGCGUAUCAAGGCCAAGGAGGUCAGCAGCGACCGGCGUAUCAAGGCCAAGGAGGUCAGCAGCGACAGGGGUAUCAGGGCCAAGGAGGUCAGCAGCGUUAUCAACAGGGCCCGGGACCAAGUCAAGGAAGUUCCAGCCAGCAGUCAUACUCGCAGCCGCAGAGGUCGCAGGCGGGAGCUGUAGCUCCGUCUCUUCCCGCAGGAAGCAUCAAGCGGGGAACUAUUGGCAGGCCCGGCGAAGUGGCCGUCAAUUAUCUGGACAUAAAUAUGGAAAAAAUGCCUCCCACGGCAUACCAUUACGACGUCAAAAUAAUGCCCGAACGACCCAAAAAGUUCUAUCGUCAGGCUUUCGAGCAGUUCCGUGUAAACCAAUUGGGUGGUGCUAUUGUUGCGUACGAUGGUAAGGCUAGCUGCUACUCUGUUGACAAGCUAAAGACAAACUCGCAGAAUUCAGAAGUGACGGUGACUGAUCUUUACGGCAAGACUCUUCACUACACAGUGGAAAUCAAGGAGACUGGAGACUCUGAAGUCAAUCUAAACUCGCUGAAGAGCUAUAUGAAGGACAGAAUCUUCGACAAGCCAAUGCGUGCCAUGCAGUGCUUGGAAGUGGUCUUGGCAACCCCAUGCCACAACAAGGCCAUUCGGGCUGGCCGCUCCUUCUUCAAAAUGUCCGAACCAGGCCAGCGUCGCGAACUUGAUGAUGGAUACGAAGCUUUGGUGGGUCUCUAUCAGGCCUUCAUGCUGGGCGAUAAACCGUUCCUUAAUGUCGACAUAUCGCACAAAUCCUUUCCAAUUGCUAUGCCGAUUCUUGAGUACCUAGAGAGGUACGGUCUGAAACAGAAAAUUAACUCCAACACCAAUCUAGACCAAUCUCGUCGCUUUAUUGAACCGUUCUUGAAGGGAAUAAGUGUAGUCUACACACCACCCACCUCCUUUGGCAGUACUCCACGAGCCUAUAAAGUCAACGGACUUUCCGCCUAUCCGGCCAAUAAGCAGACCUUCGUUUUGGAAGGGAAAACCCUUACGGUUGCAGAUUACUUCAAAUCGCGCAACUACGCCUUGAAGUUCCCACAGCUUCAUUGCCUUCACGUGGGACCUGCAGUGAAGAACAUCUUUGUCCCCAUCGAGCUCUGCCAUAUUGAGGGAGGUCAAGCCUUGAACCGAAAGGAUGGUGCCAAUCAGGUAGCUAAUAUGAUCAGAUUUGCGGCCACCUCUACCAAUGAACGCAAAUCUAAGAUCAUGCAUCUACUGGAGUUCUUUAAGCACAACUUGGACCCAACAAUUAGUCGUUUCGGAAUUCGUAUCAACAACGACUUCAUCGUGGUACACACCCGUACACUUAAUGCGCCCCAAUUGGAAUAUAAAGAUAACAGAUGGGCCUCGCCAAGGAACGGAUCAUGGCGUAUGGAUAACUUGAAGUUCCUCGAGCCCAAAAUUAAGGCUCAUAAAUGGGCCAUACUUUAUUAUGGCGGCGAUCCUCGUCGCCAGAUGCACUUUAAUCAGGUUUCCGAGUUUGAGAGAAUGAUGCUUUCCCAAAGCAAGUCGGUAAACGUGGUUCUAGAAGCUAAGGCUGAAAUACGACAAUUCAAGGAUGAUCGCAAUCUAGACGAUUGUUUCACGGAUCUUAAGCGCAACCAAUGCGAUCUGGCUUUCGUCGUUAUUCCCAAUUUCGGAGCAUCUUACGACACCAUAAAGCAGAAGGCCGAACUAAAGCACGGCAUCCUGACGCAAUGCAUCAAACAAUUUACGUUUGAACGGAAGCUUAAUCCUCAAACGAUUGGAAACAUUUUAUUGAAGGUUAACUCAAAAUUGAACGGCAUUAAUCACAAGCUAAAGGAAGAUCCGCGACUCGCAGUGCCCAAAAACGCCAUGUUCAUUGGCGCCGAUGUGACCCACCCGUCGCCCGAUCAGCGUGAAAUCCCCAGCGUAGUGGGAGUGGCCGCAUCGCACGAUCCCUACGGCGCUGCAUACAAUAUGCAAUAUCGAUUGCAGCGAGCGGCACUGGAGGAGAUUGAAGAUAUGGAGUCGAUCACGUCGGAGCAUUUGCGCGUUUAUCAAAGAUACCGUAAGUGUUAUCCGGAACAUAUCUUCUACUACCGCGACGGUGUUAGCGAUGGCCAGUUCCCUAAGAUCAAAAAUGAGGAGCUUAGGGGCAUUAAGGCUGCAUGCGCUAAAGUUAAGAUCAAUCCGAAGAUUUGUUGUAUAAUUGUGGUGAAGCGCCACCACACCCGCUUCUUCCCGAAAGGUGAGCCAUCGCAAUACAAUAAGUUUAAUAACGUCGAUCCGGGAACCGUGGUGGAUCGUACCAUCGUCCACCCCAACGAGAUGCAGUUCUUCAUGGUCAGCCAUCAGUCUAUUCAGGGCACCGCCAAACCGACUCGCUACAAUGUCAUCGAAAACAGUGGAAAUCUGGACAUCGAUUUGAUUCAACAAUUGACCUAUAAUCUCUGCCACUUGUUUCCACGCUGCAAUCGCUCGGUCUCGUAUCCGGCACCAGCGUACUUGGCUCAUUUGGUGGCUGCCCGUGGUCGUGUCUAUCUAACUGGGUCUACCAGGUUUGAUCCCAACCUGAAGAGGGAGUACGAGAAGCGAAAGAUUGUGGACGGUUUUAUGAAUACCAAUCCCAUGUAUUUCGUUUAAAAUUCAACAAUUGAAAACCAUACUUGGAAAAUACUUGGAUUAUCUAUUAAACAUUUUUAUAUAAUAUUCUGCACUAAA